AUGAAGGCUCUGCAAGCCAAUCAAGGAGUUUUCAAGAAUUUUGAUCGCCUUGUCAAACAGUUUCGUUUGUCAGUAAAUACCUAUUCUGACUCUCAACGCGCUAAACCUGUGAAUUACGUAAUCAUCAAUGGUGAUCAGUCUAAGGUUCAGUGGCCAAACCAAACUCUGGGCCCAAUAGACCCAGUGAAUCCAAAAUAUCCACUUCCAGGUUCUGUUGGGCUUCCUGCGACCAAAAACGAGUCUAGUGUCUAUUCCUCAUUCGUACCCGCUGUAUGCACUCUACCUCAGAUGCGGGAGGAAAACUAUGCAUCCAUCCUUCUUGGUACUGAUUGCACGAGCGAACUCAACAACUCGGAACAACUGCUAAUUCCACCAAAAUCAGACCUUCUGGAAUGCACUAUCCUGACCUGCCCGACUUUGAUCAAACAAGAUCUGGCCUCCGUGUUUCCAUCGAAAAACUUUGGGACUAGUCCUUUGACAGCGAUUGUUCUCAGCCAUCGCACAACUGCGGGUCCCAACCAAUGGGGCGAAUCGGCUGUUAUGGAGCGCGAGGCACUUGCUGAGUCGUUUACAAGGUCCGCAAUCGACAUUUGCGCCUCCUUAAAGGCACUUGGAUACUGGGCUGAUUUCAUAAAUCCUCAUACUGGACUACCGUAUCUCGGCUCACACGGCGAAGCCACUAUGACUGAAACGGACGAAAAAAUGCUGCACUUCGGUUUUGAGUUGGAUGACGUUGCAUGCUGCAAGAUGCUAAAGCAUCCUCGUUGGAAGCAUGACGUGUUUGCUGGACUCAUAUUCACCGAUGCUCCAAAGGAUCAUCCUGAUUUCUUCGGAAUUGAACAGGAUCAGGCACUACGAAAGCUUGAAAGUCAGCGGAAGAGAGAGGCCGAUUUGGAAAAUUACGUCGAUGAACUUUAUUUUGGCGUUUCCGAGGACAGUGGAUUGGCACACGCAGUUGGUUUCUCGCCUCUGGAUGAUGUGAACGAAAUAGACAAACAAUAUCUAGGUGCUCAUCAGGUGGACCGCUUCUCUGGUUGUGAGGACUUAGUAACAGCCCCAUGCCAAUCCUUGGAGAUCGAUGAAACAGACGGCUUCAUUGAUAGCACCUACUUCCAAUCAACUAUAUCGGCGGAAACACCAGACUCAAGUCAACGUCAUACGCGCUCGCUUACAGAGCCAACACUACGCAGACGCAACAAGCCAAACAGUAUGCUGCGAUCCAAGACGUUCACAUGCAAUCAGGAAGCUAAUUCGGAGCCGCAGCUUCAUAUCGCUGAUGUUGUCCGGGCAGUUCGUCAAAAAACCCGGACAAAUUUAUGGACAGGUUUUAGUUUGGAUGUUCCCACUCGAACUGGCUUGAUCGUGGAGCGCCGUGACAGUCAGGGUUAUCGUAUACCGGAUGAUGAUCGUGUGAAAUUCCAUUAUCUCACCGAAGAGGAAGCAGCCACUGUGUUGUUCCGAUCUAUUGUCGACAUUCGUGAGAAUCUACUUAUUCUGAACAAACCGUAUGGCAUACCGUCGCACCCUGGACCCGGUCAUAAACAUAGUGUCGCUGGCCUACUUCCCCUUGUGGAGCACCGCAUCCGGACCGCGAAUUCAUCAAUUUCAAAAGCCCGGACGCGCGAGUCAGAGACACUUUCCAUCGUACAUCGAUUGGACCGAGGUUCCACCGGUCUCAUGUUGAUUGCCAGAAACCGCGACAGCGCUCUGAAACUUCAAGAGGCUUUUGCAAACCAUUGGAUCCAAAAGGACUACCUUUGUAUUACAAGUGGUAUUCCAGCUUAUUGUGAAGGUACGGUUGAGCUUCCUCUCGUGGAGAAGAAAUAUGAUGGGGUGUUCAAGUUGUGCAUCGCCCCCCUCAAUCGAAGUGCAUCACGCGCUCAUUGUAAACAACAUGCUGUCGAGUUCCACCCAGCUGAUUCCGAUGCACCACUAAACACGGAUACCCGCGCACCGUCGACGCAUUAUAAGGUUCUGGAUCGACGUCAUGGCGCUGCUCUGUUACUGUGUUCUACUGUAUCCGGCGUCAAGCACCAGAUUCGCGUUCAUUUAUCCAUGGGCUUGCACACUCCUGUACUUGGUGAUCACAAGUACUCGCACGCCACACAUAUGGCACCACAACGCCUGUCUGCUCCUCUUCGUAACAGCCUGCAGAUCAGACAGUCAAAGGCCCGUCACCUGCUGCUGCACUUGCAUGCCUCUCGAAUGCAAGUUGUGCCCACCGCAGAGUGGACACCUGGAUUCUUCGACUUCGUGCACCCAUCAUUUCCACCUGGUCGACGUGUUACUAAGCCCGAAUUUGAUGUUGUUGUGCCUCCACCAUACCAUUUCCGAGAAAACAUGAGACGCAUUGGUUUGAAACUGCCUCGUUUUCUAUCUCGAGUGCUCAUUUGA